CUCUUGUCCUGUUGGUCUGCAGCAAACCUCUUCCCCCGUCUCUCUUUGCUCUCUGCUAGACGUCAUGGUUGAUCGACGCUCGGAUUCUGAUAACGGCUCGCGUGCUAAGCGUCAGAAGAUGGACAAGUCUGAGACCGAUCCCAAGGACAACCCGUACCUCGCUCACAUGUAUGAGAACAACUCGAACUCAUGGACCGAUGGCGCCACAGAUCUUCACCCGGCCUUCGGGAAGAUAAAGAGACACCAGACGACUGCUGCGAUUGCCCAAAAGGUGGAGGAUGGUGAUACCAACCCGUUCAACGGCCAGCCCUUCUCCAGCAAAUAUGUCUCCAUCCUGAAGACUCGUCGCGAUCUUCCAGUCCACGCUCAGAGAGAUGAAUUCUUGCAGCUCUACCAACAGUCGCAGAUUCUGGUCUUCGUCGGUGAGACGGGUUCCGGAAAGACCACCCAGAUCCCUCAGUUCGUCCUUUUCGAUGACCUGCCGCAAACGCAGGGCAAGAUGGUUGCUUGUACCCAGCCCCGUCGUGUCGCCGCCAUGUCUGUUGCUCAACGUGUCGCCGCCGAGCUGGAUGUCAAGCUGGGAGAGGAAGUGGGUUACAGCAUCCGUUUCGAAGAUAUGACUAGUUCCAAGACCGUGCUCAAGUACAUGACGGAUGGUAUGCUUCUGAGAGAGGCUAUGCAUGACCACAACCUGAGCCGCUACAGCACCAUCAUUCUGGACGAGGCUCACGAGAGAACGAUGGCCACUGAUGUUCUCAUGGGUCUUCUCAAGGAAGUCGUGCUGCGUCGCCCUGACCUGAAGAUCAUUAUCAUGUCUGCAACUCUGGAUGCGCAGAAGUUUCAGCGCUACUUCAACGAUGCUCCCCUCCUUGCCGUUCCCGGUCGUACCCACCCCGUCGAGAUCUUCUAUACUCCGGAGCCCGAGCAGGAUUAUGUGGAAGCUGCCAUUCGCACAGUCCUGCAGAUUCAUGCCACGGAAGACGAGGGUGAUAUCCUUCUGUUCUUGACGGGUGAAGAAGAAAUUGAAGAUGCCGCACGGAAGAUCUCGCUAGAAGCUGAUGAGAUGGUAAGGGAGGCCGAUGCUGGACCGAUCAAGGUCUAUCCUCUUUACGGUAGUCUGCCUCCGCACAUGCAGCAGCGCAUCUUCGAACCGGCACCCCCUCCGCUCCGUAAGGGAGGCCGUCCCGGCCGGAAGGUCAUUGUGUCCACUAACAUCGCCGAAACCUCGCUUACCAUCGACGGUAUCGUCUACGUCGUCGACCCUGGUUUCUCGAAACAGAAGAUCUACAACCCCCGUAUUCGUGUUGAGUCCCUCUUGGUGUCUCCCAUUUCUAAGGCCUCCGCACAACAGAGAGCUGGUCGUGCUGGUCGUACACGCCCCGGAAAGUGCUUCCGUCUCUACACCGAGGCAGCCUUCAAGAAGGAACUUAUCGACCAAACCUACCCGGAAAUUCUGCGCUCCAACCUUUCUUCUACGGUGCUGGAGUUGAAGAAGCUCGGUAUCGACGAUCUCGUUCACUUCGACCUGAUGGAUCCUCCUGCCCCGGAGACCCUUAUGCGAGCCUUGGAGGAACUCAACUACCUGGCCUGCUUGGAUGAUGAUGGCAACCUGACCCAGCUGGGACGCCUUGCAUCAGAAUUCCCUCUUGAUCCUGCUCUUGCCGUGAUGCUUAUCAGCUCUCCUGAGUUCUACUGCUCCAACGAAAUUCUCUCCAUUACGGCACUGCUUUCCGUCCCGCAAGUGUUUGUCAGACCUGCCUCUCAACGGAAGCGUGCGGAUGAGAUGAAGGAUCUCUUUGCCCACCCCGAUGGCGACCAUCUUACUCUUCUUAACGUCUACCACGCCUUCAAGAGCCCCGAAGCACAGGAGAACCUGAAGCAGUGGUGCCACGACCACUUCCUUUCCCUGCGGUCCCUGCAAUCGGCAGACAAUGUGCGCAUGCAGCUUUUGCGCAUCAUGGAGCGUGAAGAACUCGAGAUGAUCUCAACCCCCUUCGAGGACAAGAAGUACUACGAAAACAUCCGCCGUGCGCUGUGCGCAGGGUUCUUCAUGCAGGUCGCCAAGAAGGAAACCCAGGGCAAGAACAUGUAUUUGACCAUCAAGGACAACCAGAACGUCCUCCUGCAUCCCUCGACCGUCCUGGGCCACGAAGCCGAGUGGGUCCUCUACAACGAAUUUGUGCUCACCACCAAGAACUACAUUCGGACUAUCACCGCCGUCAAGGCCGAAUGGCUCAUUGACAUCGCCCCCACCUACUACGACAUCUCCGGCUUCCCCAAGGGCGAUAUCCGAUCCUCCCUCCUCCGCGCCGCCGAGAGACUCUCGCGCAGGGAGAAGUUGCGCGUCGACUCCGGCAAAAGACGAUAGACUAGUUAAUCUUGUUGUCACGAAAUCUAUAGACCAUGUUUUCUUCGUGCCAUGAUAAUUUCGAAGCUCAAUAAAAGGGAAUAUCCGGUUUUUUUCUUUCUUGUCAUCAUCAUCAAUUUGCCUCUUUACCUUCACAAUACGGAGUAUCCAGUUUGACUUUGCUAUUUUUCUCGCCUCCAAUAUUCCCAUUUGCAAGGGGUUUGCACGGUGGCUUUCAUGGUAUUUAUUUCUUGUUUGAUCUGCGGGAUACCUACCUUCGGGCCUAGAUCUAGGUACAAAUUAUUAUUCUUUCGUGCUCUU